AAAGCGUUCCCGGGAAGAUUUCAAAAUGGCGGCGGUAAGUGAAUUUUUUUGCCAUGUGCUUUGUAGUCAUAAUUGGCUUUAUUUUUACCUAAAUGGUUGUUUUAAAUCAGAGUUUGGUGAAUGAGCCGUUUUAAUAACAUUUUAAUUCCAUAAAACUGUUUUUCUGUCAGGGGAACGUAUUCAAAAUAGGCAAAUCCAGUGUAAACAUUACAAUGUUUUGACAAGUUGUUUUACUGUAUAUAUAAAUCUACUUCACCUGUACAUACAGUCUAAGACUGUAAGUAUCUGUAAGGUGAAUUAUUUUACUGUACUACUAGUACCGUAAAAAUCAUUGAAGUAAGGGUAUUAUUACUAUUAUACACUUUAAUAUUGCUGGAUUAUCAGAUUGGAAAGUUUGCAAAAUGUGCAGGCGAGACAAAAUUUUGGCUAACAUCAAAGUUCCCAGACUGCUAACUUUGCUGUGUGCACGGAAGAUAUUCUGUGUGCAUUUUUUUAGAUGAAGUGCAUGUGUUUUAAGAAUUGAAGUCAGGUGUGCAUUAUGUGAGCACUUUGCACAGAAUUCUUUUAUUUUUUUUGACAAAAUGUACUUUUAAAACUACUCAAAAGUUUGAUACUUUAGUGAUGUCACUGAUGUGCGAAUUUCCUCACUUAUCAUCUGAGUGCGCAUUCUGUCCCUUCUGUGAAAUAUUUAUAAGUGCACAUUUUUUGGCCCAACAAAAUCACACUCGGUGUGCAAUUAGCAAAGCUAGCAGUCUGGCAUCAAACUCACCAGGCAAAAAGAAAUCCUGUGAUUGCCAUUUCCCAACUAACCUUGUUUCCCUUGUGUUUUUGGAUUUUGUUGGAUUGUUUACUUGCCCACAGACCUAGGGCAAGCCUCUGAGUUUGUGGGUUUGAUUCUCACUAAGGACUCAUGUGAAAAGAGUUGGUCAAUGCUCUGCCGAAAGUCGUGGGUUCUCUUGAUCUGGGUGCUCUGGUUUCCUCUCACAGGGAAUGUUGACAGGGUGGAUUAGGAUAAACAAAGUUAAUAAUUAAGUAUAUCACAAUCAUUGUAAAGAUUUUUUUUUAAUAGUCUAGGCUAAGUCAGACCUACCAAGUCUCCCACAUUUGGCGGGAGACUCCCGCAUAAUUUUGGAGUCAUUAAUCAUCUCCCUCCCACAUGAAGACAGUUUUCACAGUUUGAAGAAAUCUCCCGCAUUCCUUGUGUUUUACCAGUGCAGCACAGUAGUGUUGGGUGUGCUACCGGAACAAACUAACAAAUCAUAUGAUGCAUGUCCAUUGAUAUGUGUUGCACAGCUGAGCAAGAGUGCUCUGAAUGCAGUCUUAGUUUCAAGGUCCUCUUAAAUGAAUUACUUAUAUUGCAAUCAUUUAGUCCUCGCUAGAAACUUCGUUGAGCUCAUGUUUAUUGUCAGCUCAUGUCACACACAGAAGAAUCACAAAUAUUUUAAUCUCCCUCAUUUUAUGUACCACAUAAUACUUGAUGUAAGCAUAACACUUGAUGUAAUAUGCAUAUUAUAUCCACAUGUAAAUUUGCACUAUAGAAAUGCUAAUCGUAUUCAUACUGACCCUAUUCUUUUACUUGCUGAAUGCUGAUGCUUUGGGAUACAAUAUGAUGCCACCUUUCCUAAAUUUAAGGCUGAAUUAGUUCUUAUACUGUAAAACCAGGUGUCUAAAUGACAAAUUUAAAGCUGCAUGUUCUUCAUCCGCUCUGUUCUUAUAAAAGGAUUUUAGUGGUAUAAGCUGAAGAUGUCCAAUAUCCAAAAUUUAGAUGUGGUGAACUGCGGAUGUUGGGAUAGUGGAGAUCAAUUGAUUGAAUUUCACUUUGUUUAGGCUGCAGCAGCAAAAGUUCAAGAAGUUCGAGACAUCACAAGAAUUGAGAGGAUUGGUAGGAUGAUUUUUAUAUUUGCAUGUCAUUAAAUCUUGAGCGAUCGUUAAGGGUGUACUGUUGUUAAGACAGCUCUGCUCCGUCUGCAGACUGGGAGACAGCUGUGGACCGAGAGAGAUAAAACAGCGGAUUAAGAGAGAUAGAACUACCAUGCAACUAUAAUUUUCAGAUAGUUCUAUAGCUCUCAAUCCUUAGGGACCAUUCAUUAUAAUUUAUGACUGGGGGUGGGCUGGCAAAAAAAGAGGGUGGGUCAUGAGUUAUUUUUUACCGAAAAAGGGAGGCCACCUAAAAAUAUUGGUUCAGAAGGGGGGGUCCAGUUAUUUAUUAUACAGUUAGUGGUAUUAUAGUGGAGAAAAAUUUGACAUGUAACAAUUAUUGCUAGCACAGGGAGCGAGCAAGGCAGCAAAUUUAAUUCAUGUAAAGUUCUAGGGAACGGCUGGAACCGAGCCUAGUAAAGUUCUGGCAUAAUUCUCAAUUUUAAUCAAGUCAGAUAGACCCAAAAUGCUAUGCACAAAUACCCAAAAUGCAAUGCGCGCAGCUAAUAUGAAAAAUAAUCGAACAUCUAACUUUAUAACUUUUGCCAUGAACUUGCCAUAUUUCAAUUAUGUACAGACUGUCAGUACAUAGUAAAAAAGAUAAUUAACAAGUAAGCGAUGUAGCGACAUUACGUCCAGGGAAAGUUUGGCAUAUACUAUAUACACUAGUUUACACUAGGUAUUUUAUACAUGGUUUAAUUUAGUAUUAUUAGGAGUUUGUCAGUUUACCGUGUGAAGUCCGAGUCAAAUCCGAGCCCGAGUCAAAUGUCCGAGUCACUAGCUGUUUAGCAGUUUUUGUAGUUCAUUGAUGUAGUACCCUAACCCUACUCCUAACCCAGGGCCGUAGCAACUGGGGGCGCUGGGGGGCUGCAGCCCUCCCCCCCAAUAAUUGCUAAUAAUCAUUCUUUUUCCAAAAUCAUGCAGCCUUUAUCAUUUAAAUAAAUAAUAAAUAUACCUUUAAAAUACUGACAAUUAAUUAAUUUUAAGCGGCUAAUUAAUCCCCAUGACAAACUGCAAAGAAUGAAGAUAUUACUCAUAUUUCCUACAACUUAUCCAAUAUAUAGUUAAUUAAAUAUGCCUCCACCCAUUUAGUGCUACUAAAUUGUAAAUUUCGACAUACUAGAAUGCUGUUUUCUUACCAUCGGAAUUCUGUCAAAUCUUCCCCAAAGUCCAGGAAAUUGCAUUUCAAAGACUCUAAAUUUAAAAAUUUCCUUGGGCCUUUGGCCCUUGCUUUCAGCUCCCCAAUAAAAAAGAGCUUCUUAUGGCACUGUAACCCUAACCCUACUCCUAACCCUAUACUCCUAACCCUAUACUCCUAACUCUAUACUCCUAACUCUAUACUCCUAACUGAUUUCACUCGUCAACAGGGAAGCUCUGCUAGGCAUGUCCUGAUUGUGCUCGGCAACUUUUGAGCCACUUUUUGUGUUUGGAGCAACUUUUUUCGGCUCGAGCAACUUGAAGCAACUUUUUCCUUUUUGAGCAACUUUUUACUACACUCUUAGCAGCUAAAAAUGGUAUGACCCACAGCUUUAGCCUCUUCGGCGCUCGGCAUGCGAUUAAUGGGUUAACCAAAAAAUCUGACAAUGUCAGAUGAUUUUACUCGUCAACAGGAAACUCUGCAGCUUAAUGGGAUAAAUAGGCUUGCAUAUUAAUUGUUGAAAGCACAAGUAAAUGAAAGAUCUGCUGCCUUUUACAACAAGUUUAAAGAGCUCAUUUCUAUACUGUACUGUACAUUUAUUAUAUUGUCGCUGGUGGGGGGGGUUACUAUUUUUUAGAAUUCAUGUGAAGGGGGUCAUUGAAUUUUUUUGUAAUGCAGGGGGUGGGGCAAGACAUUUUGUUUAGUUGUAAAUUGAAUUUUGCCAGCCCACCCCCGGUUAUAAAUAAUGAAUGAUCCCUUAGCUGUUUUAGAAGUAAUUACCAUUAGAUAAUAAAUAAAUAACUUUAUUCCAAUAAAAAUACCAAUAAUGGUAUAUUAAGAAUACAACAUGUAGGAAUACAGGGCUGUACAAAGGGGCAACUGCCCCCCCAGAGAAAACUAUAUUUACGAUUUUUAGAUUGUCAUUAUUAAUUAUUCUUUGGAUAUUUGGGACGUUUUUCGGCAUAUAGGCCUUACUGCUCCCCUGGUGAAAAAAUCCUUUGUACGGCCAAUAAACAAUGAUAUCUAACUACAUAACUGUAUCUCGUCAAAAACUGAAAGAAUAUCAUAACAAUAUUUAGAAAACCGUCUCAUGAUGCUUGUAUUAUGCAUAGCCAUAACAUAGUGAAACAAAUCUUCUAACUUGAAAAAUAUGAAAGAAUGAUUGAUUUUAUUUGACAUUUAACGCACUCGAGCUUAAGCAAGCGAUUCUCUGGAGGGUGUAGCUCUGUUGGAGAGGUUCCGGCUGCUUAGUUUACUCGGCAAGCCGGCUUACGAUGAACUCCAUUCUGCGCAGCUGUCUUCUCGGUAGAAGAGACUUUCAGCCAUCCCAGCAUCCCGACUUAACUAAUAUCAAUGAUGCCGAGAAUUAGCCUCUCCAAGGACAGAGCUAACGUCACACCACAGGUGGAGACGGAAUUAAUAAAAAACACCGAACGAAUAGUAACAUGAACGUACGAGACAUCUUACCUGGUAAGCAUACGAAGCCGAGCACGACUAACUAUAUGCACCUAACGACCAAAGGGGAACCAAAGAACGCUGGAUAACGCAGGAUACCAAUCUAAAAGAAAUCACCCGGUCUAGCCGGGGAGCAAGCCCGACGAGCGGGUGCGGCAUAAUGCAAAUAGGGACCUUUAGCAAAUAGGUGACGGCAACGCGACGACGACAGCCAAAAUAAACUCGUUCGAAUAAGUAACUUUAAGAUCAACAUGUCUUGUAUUAUCCGUUGUAUGAAUUUAUUGCAAUUUAAGGAGGUUAAGACAGAGGUUUAUAGUUGAGAAGACUUCUACUAAGCCAAUUUGGCGAGGACGACUUCUCGCGGCUUGAAAGGCAGACGUUGUGUACAAAACGUGAAAAUCUUUGGUUUGCUGUUGUAAACAGAGCAAGGACGAUGUCUAAAACUCCCAUGGGACCUUUAAUUAUGCAUUUUCUUUUUACACUGUCAUAAAUUUCAUUGUAUUAAUAGCCGUCGCCGUCCUGCUAGCUAAAGGCGCCUAAUAACGAACACAAAACCGGACAUUGCUAGCAAGGUUGACAAAAAGGACUACUCCCACUAUUUACGCUGUGCCAAGGACACACACACAGACAAUAAGCGCUUCACAGACAGACAUAAGGACUAAUGGUGAGGGGACAAACGAACGUACAAGCAGACGAACAAAUCACGAAAUUAAAUAUGCUGAUGCACAAAUACACACAUCGGCAAGCAGCCGAACACCCGGCAAGCAGCUGGACGGGGAGGGGUCAAUAGCCCACAUCACAACUCGUGCUUGAUGUUAAUUAUUUUUAUUGCAUAAACACAUAUAACUAAGUCAUCUAUGAAAUCCUGUCUUAAAGUUGCAAACAUUGUAUUUCUGCAUGACAUCACAUAAUGUUGUUCAUCUCCAACUUCAUUCAGAUCACAAUGUCUGCACACUCUAUCACAGCAAGGAUUAAUUUUGUAACAGCUUGGCAGUGUUUAAUUAACAUUUUGGAUUUCUAUUAGAUAUGUUCCCAUUUCAAAUUUUUUUUUAUUUUACUGAAGACUUUUAGUUUUCCAUUUUCUUUCAGUUGUUUUUUUUAUAAUAAUUCUUAAACUCUUCAUUAAGUGUAUUUUUCAAAUAAUGGCAAAAAUUUCCCGGAGUGUCAUGAGGGACUGUAAAGUACCUAAAAUUUCCAACAUCAAUUUUACACAUUUUCAGUAAAUAAUCCGUAAAAAUUGCUGGUUGAAGAUUCAUAUCCAUACACACUCGAGCAGCUUCGCCAGCCAGAGUUUUAUCGAAAACUUGCAUCCGUAAUGUGUAGCCAGUACUUAACGAUAUGCAAAGAAAUUACCAUAUGUUCUCAGUACUGUAAAGUGGUAACAUGUUUGGCUUUUUAUUCUGUUCAAUAAUAAUAAUAAUAAUAUCCUCGAUUUCUAUAGCGCACAUAUCCAAAAGUUCAAGGCGCUUUACAAAUAGGAAGAAGUAGAUACAAUUAUUUACAAUUAUAUACAUAUACUUAAAUAAUUAGAAACUUACAAACCCAUCUAUAUCAAUCAAAAGAAAGAUACAGGGAACUAUUACUAAUAAAAAGUUUAAAAGUCGAUAUGUACAGGAUUCUAAUAUUAAUUCUAAUAUUAAUUCCACCAAGUGAAGUGCAAGAAACCAAAUCAUUGAAUAUACAGGAUGCCUUCCGCAAACUGUAUGGAAGUUUGUUCCAUAGUUUUGGAGCACAUACAGCGAAGGAUCUGUCACCAUAAGUUUUACUUUUGGAAGAAGGCACCAGUAAAAGCUCAUUUGCAACUGAGCGGAGGGAUCGAGUAGAUGUUCGAUGUUGCAAACAACUAGACAAGUAAAAUGGACAGGCUUCAUUCAUUGACUUAUAAACCAAAAGAAAAAAUUUAAAAACGAUUCGGUGAUGAACAGGAAGCCAAUGUGGUUGAAUUAAGAGUGGCGUGAUAUGAUCAUAUUUCCGAGACCAGGUAACAAUCCGAGCAGCCGAGUUUUGCAUUGAUUGCAGCUUUGAAAGAAGAUGUUUAGGCAAGCCAUACAUGAGUGAAUUACAGUAGUCCAACUUCGUUGUUAUCAAGGCAUGGAUUAUGACCUCCACUGAUUUUUUCGUCAUUCUAGAAAUGUUCCUCAAAUGAAAUAAUGACUUGCAAACUUUCUUAUCAUGAUCAUCGUAGGAGAGUGUCUCAUCCAUAAUCACACCAAGAUUAGUAGCCGAACCUGAAAAAGGAAUCAAGUCAUUUCCAACUUUGAUUGCAUCGAGUGAAGGUCAAGGCCGAAACUUCGAGUGUGUAAGAACUGAUAUUGUUUUAUCAUUGAUCUUUAAUCCAUUAAAGAGCAUCCACCAGCGUAUUUCAGCUAUACAGUUUUCAAUACGAGCCUUCACCAAGUGGGAGUCACUAUUCGCCUCAAAAGACAUAUAGCUGAGUGUCAUCAGCAUAUAUGUGAUAACUAAGAUCAUACCUCCUAAUGAUAUCAGCCACAGGGGCAGUAUAAAGCAAAUAGAGAAUUGGGCCGAGGACAGAACCUUGUGGAACUCCAUAUUUGAGAUUGUAGGUGGAAGAAUAAGUGCCAUUGAUAUUGACAAACUGACUACGAGAUGACAAGUACGAUUUAAACCAAGCAAGAACAUUUCCACUGAUUCCAAAUCGUGCUGCCAAUCUAGAUAAUAAAAUCUCGUGCCCAGUGGUGUCGAAUGCAGCAGACAAAUCAAGAAGAACAAGGAUGACCGAUUGAUUCUUGUCCAAAGACUGCAAAAUAUCAUUUUGCACCCUUAAUAGAGAUGUCUCUGUGCUAUGAAAUGGCUUGUAGGCUGACUGAAAGACUUCAUGUAAUUCAUUUUCGACAAGAUAUUCAUUGAGUUGAACAAACAUAGCCCUCUCGACGAGCUUUAACAAAAAUUUAAGAUUCGAAACUGGUCUAAAGUUUUGAAAAAUAUCAGAGUCAGCAUUGACCUUCUUUAAUAAUGGAUCUAACAUUGCGAUCUUUAAAGGUUCUGGCAUUACUGCACUUUGCAAAGAGAGGUUAAUUAUCCUAGUGUAAAUAGGAAGUAACGAUUCUUUGCAUUCUUUCAAUACCAAAAUAGGAGCCAGGUCAAUUAGGCAGGACUUCAUCUUAGAAUUACUAAGUAGCUUCCAAACAUCACUAUCUGUCACUUGUCUGAAAGUAUCAAAUACCGACGUAGGACUUUUCUCAAUAAUAAUGGGUGCAACAAGAAGAUUCUUUACUAACACGAUUUCAUCAUGAAUUUUUUCAAUUUUAGUAGUGAAGUAAUCAGCAAAUGAAUUGUCAAGGCUCUUGUCAUCAUGUUCAUUCGGAUAUUGUCGAUCAGUAUUCUUCUGUAGCAACUUAUUUACUAUCCUAAAUACGGUAGUAAUUUAAAAUUGGAAGAGUUUUCUUUGAUCAAGUCGUUGUAAAUUCAUAUAUGAGUCUAUUUAAUUCAAUAAAUUCAUAUAUGAGUCUGUUUAGUUUCCUCUAACGCUAGAGCCUUUUGCUUCAAGGUAGAGUUUUGAUAAUUUUAAAAGGCGUUUCAAUUAAUAUUUUUAUUAUUAUUUAGGUGCUCAUUCCCACAUUCGUGGUCUUGGUUUAGAUGAUGCAUUGGAAGCAAGACAGGUAUGUCUAUAGUAGUAAGCUUGUAAUGGUAAAAGGUUUUUGUAGAUUGUAAUUUCGAGUGAAAAGAACCUUGAUCCUCCUAUUAAAGCAUUUAGCAAUAACUUUAAAGUGAAAUGUAAACCAAGGCUGUUCACAAUGAAAACAAUUUAAACAAUAAUGAUUAUCUGAUUCUGACAUACAGUACAUGUAUACAGUACAUACAUUGUAUCCCAGUCUGUAUAUACAUUUAAAAAACUCAUUAAUAAUUCAUGAAGAAAACACAAAGAAAAAUCAUAAGCGUGUCGUAUCUGUAUAUGUGAUACAGAUUCAUGUUGAUUUACAUAAACUUUAACUUUGAAUUUCUCGGCUUAGACAACGUUUAUUUUUAAAAUUACUUCGCCAUUGAACUCAUAAGAUGAGUCGUUUUUAAGCCAUUUACAACAUUCGCGUCCGUGUUGUAUCGGAUAUACAAACUCUCGCCUUCGGCUCGAGUUUGUAUAUCCGAUACAACACGGCCGCUCAUGUUGUAAAUAGUACUUAGAUUCUUGAUCUAAACUUAUAAAAGCAGAACUAACUGCAUUUAUUUCACCUAUUAAAAUGUCAUCAUCAGAUAUUACUUCACUAAAGUAAAGUUGAAGAAUUUGAAUAUGAUGAGAGAAACUUUUUACUGUCGAAAACUGUCAAACAUAUUCUAGGCAUUACAAGAGUUUUUAUCAUUCAUUUUUUUUUGUGUGUGUUUUGAUGUUAUGUAACUAUUCAGGUGAAUAUAAUGUUUUUGAUAUUACUGUACUCUGAGUGUAUAUCCACACCGGGCAGGCUGAAAAGUUAGCCUGCAGACCACGGUGGGAAUCGAACCCGCGGAAAAAUAUAGCCAGCCUUCUACAUGUAUCUCAUUCUCAUGCGGUUGAUUAUUCGUAAACUUUUGACAAAAAUUUUAAAUUCCUCAAGUGUCAGAGAGUUGCCAAUAAUAUUACCUCAAAAUCUUUACAGUUGCAAUCAAUGAUUCAUCCUCAGUCUAGAUAUAUACUGAGUAGUAUCGGGCCUUGUACUUUUUGUCCCACAGACGGCCAUAAUUGGAAUGUGUUAUAAUGCCGUCUGAUAUUAGAAUUAUCAAAUGUUUGAUUUUUGAAGGUUUCUCAAGGAAUGGUUGGUCAAGUGUCAGCCAGACGAGCUGCUGGAGUUAUUCUGGAGAUGAUCAAGGUUAGACAGUCGAGAGGAAUUUAUUUUCAUACUACAGAUGUUAGGUUGUAUGGCACAGCACAAAAACAUUCCAUUACAUAUAACCAUUCCAUUACAAAAGACAACAGCGUACUUUUGAUUGUCCAACCACACAAACUAAUAGGGGUGCACCGGAUUUCCGGCCGGAUUUAACGAAUUUUCCGGCAUCCGGCCGGAUUUAGAGAAAAUCCGGCCGGGUUUAAAUUUCUGUUUUCAGAAAUCCAAGAAUGGGAUAAACCAUCAAAAACACUUAUAUUAUUAUAAAAUAUUGAGUUAUUAACAAAAAGAUAUUUAAAAAAGGUUUAAACACAAUCAAAAAUCUAAUCUGACACUAACUAAAAAUAAUAAAUAAUAUAUUUUGAUUUAUCGCGAUAUUUUCAAUCACGAUCAUCGUAUCGAAGGCAGAAACGUUAGCGACGAUAUAUCGAAAUUAUCGUCAUGCUCGAUGACUAUCGUGAUAUUGCUUCACAUGUCUAUAUAGCUGUUAUAAAAUCCUAAAAAAAUCUUUAAUUCCCUAGAAAAUAUAGUUUUUAAAAGAAUUAAAGCUAUUUCCUGAAUUAAAUACGAAUUUAAUACGUUACAAAAGCUAAUAUUUAUAACAGGGUGGACUUCCGUCUACGCAUGCGCGAGAAACGUAAGCGUGGAGUGCACGUGAGCGCGGGUUAAUCGCGUGACUGAAUUAUAAAAACAAACAUCAAAUUUGCAAAAACUACUCGUGUUAUGAAGUCGUUUUCUUGUUUCUUUAGUGUUACUAUGCUCACAAUUUUAGGCAUUUCCAACUUAGAAGUGUUUGCUUUGGAAUAAGAACGUGAAAGUAGAAAUAAAAACUUUGUUGCAGCAGUUUAAUUUCGCAGUGCAAAUAUACCUGUUUUUAAUAUGUAUAUCCUUUUCGAAGUGAGAUAUAUACAAGUGCAAAUUGACCUUCUUUAAAUUCGUACUUGCCCUAUUUUUCACUACAUAAAAACUACUUCUAUCCGUGGAGAAACUAUUUGACUCCAAAAAUAAGCUUGAAUUUUUGUGGUGAUAUAGGCUCAUUUCUUUGCAAACAGUGAUUUAGUACUCGGUAGUGUAGUUGUUGUUUAUGAACAAGAGUCUAAAAUGAAUUCAACAUCCGUCAACAGAAAGGAGACGCGCUUAUUACUACUCUGUAGAGGAUAGACAAUUAAUUUAACUCACUAGGAACCCGUUCUACAAUAAAAACUAGAAAUCGGCCAACAAAUUGCCACGAAAUACUACAAUGAAAAUAGGGUCUCUGAACUACCAAUUUCACCGAACGGUCAAGUUUCUCUGCAAAGAUUGCCCCUUUGCCCAAUUUUCCUCGAGUAGAUCAUCGUGUUUUUAAGUCAAGGAUUAUGUAUACUUUAACAUAAAAGAAUAAAAAAAGUGGUGAUAAAGGGUAGAUUUUGAAUAAAAUACGAUUAUCUGUAUACAAGAUCUGAGCGUUAUUAUGAAGUACUCGAUGCUUUCUCCAACAACAUAUUGCGCUUAUUUUUUUACAAAAUUAAAAAUAUUCACACAUUAAAGAUAUGAAAAUGUAGCUUGCAUAACGAAGAAAUGUUGGCUUACCUAAGUUAUACCAUACACGUCGAUUAAAGUCAAGUAAAGCCCUUUCAAAGACGCGUGCCACAUUAAACUACAGGUCACAUGGCGGUAGAGAACUCGACGAAGUAUUCAGGAUAUUUCAUAGCCAGCUUAAACGCCACUGUGUAUACUAUUCCUGUGAAUUAUGAUGCCCAACACACCGGGUAACACAAUUUACCACUUUGUUCGGCUGUUUCAAGUACACUUUUAAGAUACAAGGUCCGAUCAUAUCAUGUUCUUCGAAGCAUCUGCUCAAAACAGCACAACAUAAAUAUCGCCACUCAUCUUCUUCGUAUGAAAAUAUAAGUUUUUCUUUCAAUUGCUUUGCUUUAAAAACAGUCAAUAGGUUGUUGAAGAGUUAGCCUGCAAGUUCCAAAGAAAAAAACCCCGAUGCUUUCAAAAACCAGUGAAUCACAAUGCAGAAAACUUCAACAUUCUUAGAAAUUGUAAGCAAAACAACAAAAAGCUAAAUUUGCGGGAAAAAGCUAAAUUUGCGGGAAAAAGCUCACGAAAAUAGUGCGGGCUCGUGAGCUUUUUCCCGCAAAUUUUGCUUUUCGAUGUUUUGCUUACAAUUUCUAAGGAUGUUGAAGUUUACAGCAUUGUGAUUCACUGGUUUUUGAAAGCAUCGGGGGUUUUUUCGUUGGAACUUGCAGGCUAACUCUUCAACAACCUAAUGAUUGUUUUUAAAGCAAAGCAAUUGAAAGGAAAACUUAUAUUUUCAUACGAAGAAGAUGAGUGGCGACAUUUAUGUUGGACUGUUUUGAGCAGAUGCUUCGAAGAACAUGAUAUAAUCGGACCUUGUAUCUUAAAAGUGUACUUGAAACAGCCGAACAAAGUGGUAAAUUUUGUUACCCGGUGUGUUGGGCAUCAUAAUUCACAGGAAUAGUGCACAGCAGGGUUUAAACUGGCUAUGAAAUAUCCUGAAUACUUCGUCGAGUUCUCUACCGCCAUGUGACCUGUAGUUUAAUGUGACACGCGUCUUUGAAAGGGCUUUACUUGAAUUUAAUCGACGUGUAAGGUAUAACUUAGGUAAGCCAACAUUUCUUUGUAAUGCAAGCUACAUUUUCAUAUCUUUAAUGUGUGAAUAUUUUUAAUUUUGUAAAAAAUUAAUCGCAAUAUGUUGUUGGAAAAAGUAUCAAGUGCUUCAUAAUAACGCUCAGAUCUUGUAUACAGAUAUUCGUAUUUUAUUCAAAAUCUACCCUUUAUCACCACUUUUUUUAUUCUUUUAUGUUAAAGUAUACAUAAUCCUUGACUUAAAAACACGAUGAUCUACUCGAGGAAAAUUGGGCAAAGGGCCGAUCUUUGCAGAGAAACUUGACCGUUUGGUGAAAUUGGUAGUUCAGAGACCCUAUUUUCAUUGUAGUACUUCGUGGCAAUUUGUUGGCCGAUUUCUAGUUUAUAUUGUAGAACGGGUUCCUAGUGAGUUAAAUUAAUUGUCUAUCCUCUACAGAGUAGUAAUAAGCGCGACUCCUUUUUGUUGACGGAUGUUGAGUUCAUUUUAGACUUUUGUUCAUAAACAACAACUACACUACCGAGUACUAAAUCACUGUUUGCAAAGAACUGAGCCUAUAUCACCACAAAAAUUCAAGCUUAUUUUUAGAGUCAAAUAGUUUCUCCAUCGAUAAAAGUAGUUUUUAUGGAGUGAAAAAUAGGGCAAGUACGAAUUUAAAGAAGGUCAAUUUGCACUUGUAUAUCUCACUUCGAAAAGGAUAUACAUAUUAAAAACAGGUAUAUUUGCACUGCGAAAUUAAACUGCUGCAACAAAGUUUUUAUUUCUACUUUCACGUUCUUAUUCCAAAGCAAACACUUCUAAGUUGGAAAUGCCUAAAAUUGUGAGCGUAGAAACACUAAAGAAACAAGAAAACGACUUCAUAACACGAGUAGUUUUUGCAAAUUUGAUGUUUGUUUUUAUAAUUCAGUCACGCGAUUAACUCGCGCUCACGUGCACUCCACGCUUACGUUUCUCGCGCAUGCGUAGACGGAAGUCCACCCUGUUCACCCUGUUAAUAUUUAUGUAUUUAAUAAUGCGCUGAACAAUGGAAUUGCAGGCUUUGCUUGCGCUGCGUGGCCACAGCAUUUGUGCCAGCAGAGACACAGUAGACACUGCAUAGACAGUUCUGGUUUAUGAACAGUAAAUAUUAGACUAGACAAAUCCUUCAUAUUUCUUUAAUUUGUUGUUUUACUUGUUUUUAAUAUACAGUAUAAGCUUACUAUGCGUUGAUAUUAAUUAAAAUUGAAAAAUGUGGUCAUUGUUUUUAUUUCAUUUAUCGCGAUAUCGAAUAUCGUGAUAAUUUCCUUGACAAUAAUCGUGAGAUAAUUUUUUUAAUAUCGCACAACCCUACAAAUGAUCUUUUAUGAUCAGGAAGAAAGUUUUCGUGACAAGAUUCAUCCCUGCUCGCCUGGCUCAUAUGAACAGCCCCUAAGAACAACUUUAGACAAACAUGAAAGAGUCACGUUGGAAACGUUAUGAUCAUAAUAUACGUUACAUUUUGUUUUCUCUGUCAAUCUUAGUUCAGUGUAUAAAACAAUAUGAUAAAUUUUAGGAAGGUAAAAUUGCAGGAAGAGCUGUUCUUAUAGCUGGACAACCUGGCACUGGGAAAACUGCAUUAGCAAUGGGUUAGUAUUGUUAUGUCUUGUAGCUACAGUAUUGUUAUGUAACCACACAGCUAUGAAGUUGCAACGUGCAUGAAACCAUUUAAAACUUUUGAAUAAUUGGUUGCAUGCUUCGAUGCUAAACUACCGUCGGGCCUCUAUAUUAGGGACCUUUAGCUACCAGGACAGCGACGGGUAUUAAUACAAUGAAAUCUAUGACAGUGUAGAAAGAAAAUGCAUAAUUAAAGGUCCCUUGCCCUUGGGAGUUUUAGACGUCCUUGCUUUGUUUACAACAGCAAACCAACGAUUUUCACGUUUUGUAUUGGCUUAGUUGAAGUCUUCUCGAAUAUAAACCUCUGUCUUAACCUUCUUAAACUGCAAUAAAUUCAUCAACGGAUAAUACAAAACAUGUUGUUCUGAAAGUUACUUAUUUGAACUAGUUUGUUUUGGCCGUCGUCGUCGCGUUGCCGUCACCUAUUUGCGAAAGGUCCCUACUGUAUAAUUAAAGGCCGAGACACACCGGAUAACUUUGAUCCUGGUUUGUGUUUUCCAAAUAUUUACAGUAGAAGCGCUAUAACAUUUUGAAUUGUUUGAUCUACAUAUCUUUUAAAAUUUCCUUUCAUUGGCUGUUUUAUUAACUUUCAAAAACUGAAAAAUUGCGCCGCGUUGUCGAAUUGCGUCCAGUGUGUCUCGGCCUUAACCCUUGCCACGAGGUAUGCUUUUGUUGCUGCUUAAUACAAAUUGCUGAAAAGUAUUCAUUCAGUAACCUGAAAUUAUACAAGUUAGAACAAAGGAAUUUCUGGGACGAUGACACGUGGCCAUUGAACAGGGUGUGGUUGCAUGGCUGGUUAAUAAUAGAGGGGGCUUUAUUAGAAAUUCGAGAUUGGUUAUUUUGAUUAAGAAAGCAUUAUGUUCAAUGGUAAGAUCAGAUUGAAGAACGAAUCCUCAACUCCAGUUGGUGGGAAUCUUAUUGCUAUGCAAAUAUCGUUUAGGUAUGGCUCAGUCAUUGGGUCCAGAUACACCAUUCACCAGUAUUGCUGGUAGUGAGAUCUUUUCUUUGGAAAUGAGUAAGACUGAAGCGCUCACUCAAGCUUUUCGACGCUCAAUUGGAGUCAGAAUCAAGUAUGUGCAGUAUUGCUGUAAAUGGAACCACUAGGAAUAUACUGGACACUGUGUUGCCAAUAUGCCAGUAUAUACUGGAUACUGUGUUGCCAAUAAUGGUGUUAUUUGGACAAUGCUUCACUAAUUUUCCUCAUAUAAAUAUAGUUCAUUGUUUAAGCAUGUACUUUAUCUCCUUAUGUAAUAAACAUUCGUGGCAUAGGCAAUUUCUUAAUACACAAAACAGCCAAACGUAAUAUUUUCGGUUUCAUGGUUCUAAUAAAAAUUCCAGUACUAUCAGAUAAAUAUCUGGCAAGAUUUUCCGUGAAACCGGAUACUGCCAGAUGUCUAUAUUUACCGGUAUCCGGCAUAUCCCAAAAACCACUACCACAAAACAUUAAAAUAGUUUCUACUGUGUGCCCUUCGUAAGAAAAGCGGGACCCUCCUGGCGAAGACAGUUCAGGCACAAACCACGGCUGCUACUAUAUGGCACUACUACAUACAUACACUGUUCCUGCCUGUUCUUUGGAGUGUUCUCUUCGUUGACUCCAUCGCAAGUGAUGGCAUUACAGUUUCAUUACAAGUGACAUCGUGUGUCUUUUUACGAGUGCAUUUUGAUGAUGAAUCAUUGCAUAUCGUGGCGUGGCAUUACGCUUUUUUGACUGAGUCGGAGUUCUGCGUGGUCUCUAUUCUGUGAUAGUAUCAUAGUAUACUCUUCAUCUUAUCUUUUUUUUACCAGGGAGGAAACUGAAAUAAUAGAAGGUGAAGUCGUUGAGAUACAAAUUGACAGACCUGCGACUGGAACGGUAAGAAAAAUAUUCAUUAUAAUCCAUGUAUUCAUUGUAUUGAACUGUCAGACUGUGAAAUCACCAUCUAGCUCCAGAAAGCUGUGAUGUGAAGGAUAUACAUCUACCUGAAAAAAAUAGGCAGAACUUCGACAUUUUGACAAGGCUCUUUUUCAGGCAUUUCCUUUACACUGCAGUUUUAUCGUCACCACUUGCACCAACCGUGCGAAAUUUUAUUGAUUCAGUUUACGAAGAUAACGAAAAAACCUCAAACAUAAAAGAUAUGUUAUUCUGACUGAGGUAUGCUGUGUUUGAUGGUUUGUUUAAUUUCUCCCAGGGUUCAAAACUUGGUAAACUGACAUUGAAAACAACAGAAAUGGAAACAAUUUACGACCUGGGCACAAAAAUGAUCGAGUCUAUAACGAAAGAGAAAGUACAAGCUGGGUAAGGAAAUAUUUAGGUUUCUCCUUUACACUUUUAUGUAGUAUUUCAACUCCGACUAGGAUUUGAAAUCUAGUCCAAUCCGAAUUGGAGCAUUUGAAAUGACAACUCGUACGAAUAAAUCACUAACUUGCAGCCAGUCUGCUAAAUAUAUUGUAUACGUUGUGCAUGUACUUCCGAUCAUAGUUUGCCAAGAUAUGAUGGUCUGGAGGUCUAGCAAACUUUAAAGCCACAAAAUAGAAGACCUUGACACUACUAUCCCUCCAGGUGAUCUUGAUACGCGGAAAAGUACUGGCACUAGUUGUCAAAUAGAAAUCCAUUUUAUGAUUAAAACAACUGAAUAUCUCCUGUAAUAUACUUUAUUUUGAUUCCAUAUUUUUGUUAGAGCUAUACUGUAGUUCUCAUAACCAAACAUAAUCACAAAAUUUCAACUAGUUUCAUAAAGAAUAACGAAAGAUAUAAUUGACUGAAUACAUCAAAAUGGAUUUCUAUUCGGACAACCCUUUCUGAGCGCUGAUUGGCUAAAAUACGAACACAAGAUCACCUGGCUAUUGUUAUUCCCUUAUACGAAAGAACAAUGAGCUGAAUCACCGUGACCGUGUACAAAUUAACAUUAACCCGGACAAAAACAACACAUUCUGUUCAGUUUCCAAACAAUCACAUCUUGAUUAAUUGUAGACUAUGUUCCUACUGCCUGCAAGAAAACACUGGAAAAAUGGCUUAACUCUCUAAAUCGUACCCAAAACUGGCUGUUUCUGCAGUGACAGUAAAAAUUUAAAGUGAUAUUGUGCCUUUUUAGAGAUAUCAUCACGAUAGACAAAGCGACAGGGAAGAUCUCAAAAUUAGGGCGAUCUUUUACCAGAGCUCGAGAUUACGAUGCCAUGGGGGCCGAG